AAUCUGGCAACACUGCGGCCACACUAACAACAACAACACGGCUCCAGCCACAAAGGAAGUUGCUCAUAGUCUGCGUGUUGUGAACACUGACGAUAACUGGAACACCAGGACGCCACCACCACCAUCACGGCCCACAGUUGCUACACCUACCACAGGCUAAAUCUACCACAGGCUACAUCUACCACAGGCUACAUCUACCACAGGCUACACCUUCCACAGGCUACACCUACCAUAGUUUCUACACCUUCCACAGGCUACACCUUCCACAGGCUACAUCUACCACAGGCUACAUCUACCUCAGGCUACAUCUACCACAGGCUACACCUUCCACAGGCUACACCUACCACGAAGGAGACGCCUCCACACACAACCGGAUAUCAAGAAUGGAGACAGUCAUUGAGCAAAAUGGUGGACAGGAGGAAGUAACAAAGCCAUUGUCAGAGGACCAACAACUUGGAGAAAAUGGGCUUGAUGGCAUUGGAGGCGCAGAAGUGGGUGCCAAUGGAGAUUUAGCAGAUGCUGGAUCAAAGGGAACCACGGCAGUAAAUGUAUCAAGAAUAGCUAGAAUGCCCGUGGAACGCGAAGCUAUGCGAUACAAUGGGAAUCACCGUCAACGUGGUCACUGUUUGGUAUUUAAUCACCGAAUAUUUGACCGCCAUACUGGUCUUGGGGAGCGGAAUGGCACUGAUAAAGACCGUGACCAAGUUCAGAAUUUAUUUGAAAAAUUGGGCUUCAAAGUGAAAGUCUGUAAUAAUUUUAGCGUGGCCGAGAUAAAAGUAGUAAUUCAGGACAUGGCUUUUGGUACUGACCAUACAGACUGUGAUAUGCUGGUUGUGGUGUUUAUGUCACAUGGUGAGCAAGAUAUCUUGUGGGGUAGAGAUGGCCAUAUCAAAGCCGAUUUUCUUUUUGAGAGCUUUCAAGGCGAUCAGUGUAAAUCUCUCGCUGGAAAACCCAAGUUGUUUUUCAUCCAGGCAUGUCGUGGUGAGGGUCUAGAUGCUGGUGUGACACUGGUGCGCGCUCGGCCUAGUGAUGAGACCGACUCUGGUUACCUGUCCUACAAAAUUCCAGAAACGGCUGACUUUCUAAUUUGCUGGUCCACCGUACCAGGUCAUUUUUCAUGGCGUAACACCACCAACGGAUCCUGGUUCAUACAGUCGUUGGUUCAUGUCUUGAGCACGGAAUACACCCAUGAAGAUUUGCUGUCGAUGAUGAUAAAUGUCAAUAGAUACAUGAUUGUUAACUUUGAAUCCAACUGCCCUUCUCAGCCCCACAUGCACGGAAAGAAACAGGCAGCCAGUAUUGUCGCUACUUUGAUGCGCAAGGUAUACCUCACUCCCAAGUAUUGACAACGUGACGAGUGUAGACGUUCACAACGUUCAUUACGGAUGGCACUGGAGGCACCAAUAGCCUCGGAAGAACACCUUGAAAUUUCUGAACAUCCAGAUCCUCGUGUAUCCUUAAGGUCUCAAAUAGGUAAGUUCUUGUGCUGGCCAGUAAAACUCAAGAAGAAACCCCUUAAAUUCUCUAACAUAAGAAAAGCAAAGCAAAACAAGCCAUUGUGGAAGUUUAAUCGGAGUUUAGAAACCCCAGACUAGCAGGAGAUCAAUUAGUUUGAAAAGUCCAACAAAUAAUGAGCCAAAGUCUACAUUUACUGAAAUACUGCAUUUAUAUCCUGAGUCAUUGUUGCUAAUUGCUCUGUGAAAAUUAUACUUUUUAAAAAAACAAAUUUAAAUAGGAAAAUUAGUGUGUUUUUCAAUAGUGUGUGUUCUUAAAAGAUAAUACCAAGGAUUAAAUUUGAAUAAUUGUCUUUUAAUAAUAUCUAAUAUAACUGAAGUCAGUAAUUUUAUCUGUCAAUUUUUAACUUGAAGUGUACAAAGAAAUCUGCAGGUACCUUGUAAAGUCUGUCAUUUUGAUACACAUGAACUUUAUCAGGUAGAAAUGUCUUUCAUUGCCAUGAGUGAUAACCUUAUCAUAUAGAAAUGUCUUUCAUUAUUGUGACUUAGAAGAAGUUAGAUUAGAAAAUUUUAGGAACAUGACACACCUCUGUUGCACUGUUAGCAUGCUUUCACCUCUUAGUAUCAUUAACAGAUGACUUGCUUUAUGCAUUUAUUCACUGAUUUCAGGUAAAUCUGUGUAGACAAUAGAUCCACUUGCAUUACCUAAAAUAGCCUUUAAACAGUGUUAGUGUGUUGUUGUCACAGAAAAUGUAUGUGUUAAAAUAUGCACAUUGGACGUGCCAUACGGGAUAUGGUAGUUGUGCAGUUAACUCCACGGUACAAGUGGUUCCACAAUGCCUAAGUCUUUCAUGUGUGAUUUUGAUUGUGCCAGUGAUUGUACAUUGUGACUUGACUGUGAUUGGAUUUGAUAAUUACACAUUAUUUAAUAGGAAGAAUAUCUUGAAAUAAUAAUUUAACGAGCUGUUCUUUAAGUAGCGAUUCAUGAUCUGAAUGUUUAAGCUUAAUUGUAAAAACAAAGAUAUGUAAUGUUUUUUGCCAGUAGGUAUGCCCUCCAUGAGUAACAUUGAUACAAAAUAAUGAAUGUGAUUACAUAUUAUAUUGAAUGACAGAUAUUUCCACAUCUUUCCUUAUCUCAAGACAUAUUACUUGUACAAAGACUUGUAGGCAAUUAGAAGCUUGCCAUUAAUAUCAACAUAUUUUGCACACUGAAUAUGAGUCCUUUUAUCAUGUUUGUUGUAUUUUAUAAUAUAUAAUGAUAAUCUGAAUGUAAAUUGCAAUGCAUUAAUCAUAAAUAUUGUGUAUAAUUUUCAAUAGAUCACAAAAUUACUUGUUCUUAUAUUUAAAUUCAGUACAUACUUUAUUUAGUAUAGCUUACAAAUGGGCCAAUCAGAUGCUGAAGUAGAGACCCUACUGUUAUCUGUGUUUAGUGAACAUCUGUUCAGUAGUUAGACUUUUGAUUAGAAAUCCUUUAUUAAUGUAUAGUUAUAUAAGAAUUUAAUGUUUUGGAAAUAUAUACACUUGAGUGUGCUCAUCACCUCUGAAGCCCACACGCAGGUAAAAUGAGUGAGUGACCGACUCCUUUGCUUGCUUUUGAAACUACUUAUUAAAACUGGGUACAUUUUGGUCCCUUAAACCAACCCAGGCAAGGAUGGGGAAGUUCGCAAAUAUGUCAAACAAUGUUCUUGAAUUAUGAGCCGUUUGCCCAUUUGGUUACAGUUGUAUUAAUUGGCAAGUUUUAUGAACAUGGUGGAGGACUACACUAAAUCUGUUCAUUAUAUAUUAGUAUGUUAUUUUGUUACUAUGUUUUUGUUGUGAAUAGUUUUCAUAUACAAUAUUUGAAUACUUUAAUGUUUAUUUUUUUAGAAACACAAUUUUCUCUUGUACUGUAUGUCUGAGUAUAUAAAGUAACUAUACAAAAAGCUGGUUAUAGGAUUCUACAAUUAGUAUAUAGGAAAUUUCCUGGAACAUUUGACCAGCAAUACUUUGAAAUACUGUACUGAACAUGGGAAAAUAAUAAAUUGAUAUUAAUACUGAUAUUUAUCAUCUCCAUACCUCGUAAAUAUCAAGCCAUUUUGUUCUGAAAUAUUUGUUUGUACGUGUACAAUUUUGUUUCUAGAAAUCUUAAACAAUUUGAUUAUCAUAUAUCAACUAAAUUAAUUUGAAAUGUUGCAGACUACUGUACACCUUUAAACCAUUGAUAGGAAUAUUUAAAUAUGGGAUAAUGAAGGCUCUGAUUGUUUUUCAAAUAAAUAAUAAUUAAUAUGCAAGUUUUGACGUGCUGCUGUCAUUCAGUACUGUACGUGGAAAAAUUGCAUAGUACGUAUUGUUGAAAUUAAUAAUUGUGUUUGUAUUUAUAGGUUAUUCUUAUUAUAUUCAGUUAUAUGCAUUAUAUUGUGUUUUUUAUACUAUAAAGUGUAUAAGCCUCAAAGGCUGUGUGUGAAAAGAGUUUGAGGACUUGGAAGUAUGUCACCAUUAAAGCAAAAUACAUACAUCUGGUUAUACGAGUUCCUCUUUGCAUUUUUAUAUAUUGCUCAAAGUUUCUCCAUGAUUUUUUUUUAUUGUGGAUAAAUGUCUUGUUUCAUAAAGCAUUUAGAUACUGUUGAACUAGGCAUGUGUCCAGGGGAGUUCUCAAUAAUAUGAGUAGUUCAGACAUAACUCUAUAUUGUACAGUUUUGUGUUCCAUCUUGUGUAUGGAGCUGUUGCAAAUUAACUUCUUGCAUGGCAGAAAUUUCUGCUUUCUAAGAAGUACAGUAUUCUUUUAUCCAAGUAUUUGGUUUAUUUUUCUAACUUCAGAAAGAAAAUAUAAGACAUUGUAAGUCUUGUACUCUAUUAUGGUAUUUAGUAUUUAUACAAAAUUGGUUGGAUAAAUAAUUUCUUCUGAUCAGGAGAUUAAUAUAUUUUUGAUAAUCCUUCCAUAAAUACGCAACUUUAUUUGGACCCAAUUGUCUGUUAUUAUUUGGUUUCCUAGGAGUGGUUUUUGUGACUCAUUGCCUUUCUGGUACAAUGCCAUCUCUUUCCAGUUGUGAAAGAAGAGAAUGGUCCUCGACUUGUAAAGGUAGGCCAACCUCAUCCUUUCUCCAACUUUAUGCUUUAUCACCCUGUCUAUUGGUCAGUGGGUGUUGCCUCAAGGGAGAUGGGUUCUCUCUCUGUCUCCAGGAUGCCUAUUGUUAUCAGUACCAAUAUAGGUGGAGUUCAGGGGUCUUUUGGGGGGUUUUGUUUCGAGAACAUGAGUUUCCACUUUGCAAAUCUCCCCAUCAGUUCAAAUCUCGCUCUGUGACUUUUACUUUUCUUACCAGGGUGAUUCUCCAGCCCGUCCUCUGAGGGUUUCCCAACGUCAAAAAAAACGGUCAAUUUAAGGUGUCCUCUUCUAACCUACCAGAGGACCAAAAGUAGAAAACGGGACAGUAUGUCACUUUUGCGAGCCGCUUCCACUUUCUAGUAUGACAAUUUUUGGUGUUAAGUAACACAUACCAGCGAAAAGGGAUGUUCUUUGUAGGAGGACAGGUAGGAGUCUUCAUGUAUGUUAGCCUCUGGGCAUGCAUUUUUGGCCUUCCUCAACAGAAACCUGAUAAAAGUUUGGGCUUCAUUUCAAAUUGACUUGAAAAUUGUGUAUAAACAAAACACGUCGAGUCUUUCAUUAUUGAGGAGUGUAACCCAGUGGCCAAAAAAAUUGGUCAUUGUUUUUUCAAGCUACAGAGUACUGGUAUUUACUUUCAAGUAUCUCUUUUGUUCUCUGCAUCAUUGCAACAGAAUCAUAAAAUGUGCUCAAGGUCAUUAGAAACUAAAAACAUUCAAAACUAGUGUACAGUACAUGUAAUGACCAGGCAGGCUUUACAGGAGCAUUGGAAAAACAGAAGUCGGAAGGCUUAGAGUUGUAUUAAGAGACAAGGUGAAAGAUCAAACCAAACCCCAGCUCUAUUUCUUGUCAUGUCUACUCAUAAUGUACUGUACAGUACAGUAUCUAAAUUGGGGUAGGAGGCAUUUUUUUAUUUUGAGAAUAUUUGCAAUAGAGAUAAUAUAAAUAUUUGUGAUUUCUAUAGACAUUCCUGGUAUAGGUAUAUACAGUACAUCAUUAUACUAUUGUUUACUAUCAAAAUAUAUCUUGUUUACUUUCACACCCAUUAUUCUUGAAAAAAUGUGUAAAUUGUAAAUUGACACUCAAAUUUGGGGAUGAUUUUGCCUAUUAUUAUUUUCAUUUGAUAUUAAUAUUCAGUAUUAUAAAUAUAUUUUGUUGGGAUAUGAAUAAAGUUAAUACAGUAAUGUACAGUGGAAAUGGAUUAAUGUUUAAUAAUCUAGCCUUACGAUAUGAACUCUCGGUUGCUUAUCAUUUUUUGAUAAAUAGGCUGAUUUGAUAAAUAGGUUAACAUUUUGUAUUACAAAAAUAAAUUAUAAAAUUUGUCACAAUACAUGGUGAAAUCCAGGUAACACACAUUGGUAAAACAUCAAAUUGUAUUGAAAUGUCAACCAAAAAUAUGUAUACUGUAUUUUAGUAAUACUAUACAUGAUUCCCAUUCAUGAACAUGCUGUUAAUAGUGCCCUCCCAAAAAAGUAAUUAUCAAAACCUAAGAGUGUAUAUUCAUAUAUUUUCAGAGCAUAGUAUGCUUAAAUAUUGUACAGACUGUAGAACAUCUGUAUUGCACUCUGAAAGUGAAGUAUAUUAACACUGGAUGAUAAAGUAGACCCAAGGCGGCAAGUGCAGUGAGGCCGACCCACAUUGUCCAAGUCAGUUAUGAUCAAAUGGUUAGAAGUGGUAAAGACAGUAGAGAGAAGAGUAAGCUGUGUGUGCAUGUAUGCUCUUCAGGUAUCUUCUCAUUCCUUUCUUGCCAGUUGUAUUAUCUAUCCAUGAAAGUUUGUUUGUGGAGGUGAUGAGUCACAAUAACGUGGCUAAAAUAUGUUGACCAGACCACACACUAGAAGGUGAAGGGACGACGACGUUUCGGUCCGUCCUGGACUAUUCUCAAGUCGAUUCGUUUGUGUUUGUGGCCUCCAUCACAGUACUGUAUUUAUCAAUGAUUCUAAGACACUAAAAUUAAUAUCUAAAAUCUUUAACAUAUUAUUUAUACUGCACAGUACUGUACUUAAUUGUGUAAGAGCACUAUUGGUAUUUAAACUAAAUUGAGUAUUAUAUAUUUGAAACACAAUUAAAAUUGUGUUUUGAAAAUACUGUUCUAAAUGCCUAUUUGUACUGAAAUGAUAAAUAAUCGAGUCAACCAGAAGAGAAAUGUACGUUUCUGGAAUCGUGGUGUACAGUGUUGCCAAAAAUGAGUGACAAAGAGCAGGUGGUGAAGUGUUACAUUAUUUAACUUCAAAUAGCAUUAUAUUUAUGUAGUCAAUUAUUAUUCAGUACUGUAUUUAAUCCCAAGUUUUGAGCAGAUCUAAGUGUUUUAACUAAUAAUAUUACCUCAAACAUGAUUUUUCAGGCCAGUUAAAAGCUAAAGACAGUGAUCUUAUUUGUGGCACUUUAAAUAAGUUUUCUUAUUGUCCUUGUUACAUAUACUGUAGUGUUUUUGUACUUUUUUAUACUAAAGUUUUAUGGUUGUGCUCAAACAUUGUCCUUACACAUCAGUGUUAUGUAUAUCUUGGGUAUUUAAUACCCAUUCCUAGAGUGCAAUAAAAUUGUCUAUAACA